ACGUGUGCGGGUAUUACUCCACACGCGCAAAAUAGCAAACCCUCAAUUCCGCUUGUAAGGAUCUGCUGCAGAAGCAACGACAGUCUCCUCCAAAAUGGCGGAAGAGAGGACAAAAAGCAAGCUCAAGGACGGGCAGUCGAAGAAAAGGAAAAAUCAUCGUUUUUCUAAAACCCUAACCCUAGAUUCUAGGAAGAAGACGAAGACGAGCAAGUACGAUCACGGCAACAGCAGAAGAAGAAAGCAAACGGGUCCUCUCCUGCCGUCCGCGCUCCAGAAAGAGCUCGGUAUCCUUAACCCUAACACUAGAGAUCUCGUCCCCGGAGAAGAAGAAGCGAACAAUUUGUACGAGUAUGACGAGCCGGUCCCACAAGAGGAGUCUAGUAAGAACAGGCGGUUCGAUCCCGUCGAUAAUCUCGAGUACGAGCUCCCUCACAAAUUUAAGGACGAGAAUGUGCCAUCAGAUGAUGAUGUUGUUGGUGCUGGUGAAGGGAAGGAUGCGCAGGAUUCUUCUGAUGAAUCAGAAAUUGAGGCUGGGGCCGAUGAAGACGACAAUGACAACGACAGGCAUAUAAGGAUGUUAAAAGGAAUUACCGGAAUGUCUGGUGAGGCAUUUGAAGGUAAGAAAAAGAAGGAGGUCGUUUUGUCGGAGGCAUACCAAGAAUCUGAAUAUAAUCUUACCCGGAAAGCUCCUGAAGGUGAUGGCCAUAUUAGCAUCCAAGAUCUCUUGGAACCUCUCCAUGGGAAGGCUGGCUACAACAAGCUACGAAAGAGAAUGCAUCAGCUGGAGAGAAAGUCAAUAUCUAUUCAAGCUCCUCUUCCCAAGUCAGAUCGGGAGAAGUUGGAAAGGAAGGCCGCAUACAAGCAAUCGAGUAAAGAUAUUACGAAGUGGGAGCCAUUGGUCAAGAGGAAUAGGGAGGCGCCCACUGUUUAUUUUGAUGAAGACGUGGACUUGGGGUACUCCACUGUGGGUGCGAUUGCUUCUGAAUUUGAGCCAAGGACAGAGUUCGAGAAGAAGAUGGCUUCGCUUGUUUGUGAUGCUAAGGUUAUGGAAGCACAUGCCCAGGAUGGUGCAAGGCUUCUUGAGCUUAACAAGAUUUCUAUUGAAGACGUGAGGGACCGGCAAAAUCGUCUAGCAAAAAUGCGUAGCCUUCUUUUCCGUCACGAAUUGAAAGCAAAACACAUUAAAAAGAUUAAGUCUAAGACCUUCCAUCGCCUGUUGAAGAAGGAUAGAUUAAAAGCUGCAUCUGCUGAACUAGAAAUGGAUCCUGAAGCUGCCAAAGAAAAUGCAAUGAAGCAGGAAUUCAAACGGGCAGAGGAGCGUAUGACACUCAAGCACAAAAACAGCUCCAAAUGGGCGAAGCGUAUUUUAAAGCGUGGAUUGAAAGCACAAGAUGAAGGAACUCGAGCAGCAAUCUCUGAACAGCUUCAUCAACAUUCACUUUUGACCAGAAAAGUGAAUUCUAUGAAGGAUAAUAGUAGCAGUGAUGACAGUAGUGAUGAGGAUGAAGAUGAUGAAAGCUCUGACAAUGAAGUGCCAUCCAAGCUCCUUACAAGAGCAAAAGAGAAGACCCUCAAAGUCAUGGAAGAGGAGGAUGAGAUGCCCAAAACAGGAGUGCUUUCCCUGCCUUUCAUGGUCCGUGGACUGCAAAAGAGGAUGGAUACUGCUUAUGAAGAAGCUCAGUUUGCUCUUGAAGAGUAUGAUUCAUCGUUGAAGCAUUUGGAGGAUGGAAAUGGAGAAGAAAGUCCAAAAGUAGGCACUCCAAGUGGUAGACGGGUUUUUGGGGUGGCGAAAAAGCAGUCCCAAGAGGUUAGUAAUAGGACCAAAUCAGAUAAUGUUAGUAAGAAUAGCGACAGUGAAGAUGAUUCUGAUGCCAGAGAAAAUGAUGAUUCGGGGCACGAGCAAAAUGUUACAUUGCAGGAGGGCCUGGUAAAUCCUGGGCUGUUUCUUGAAGAAUCUGACAUUGGACAUGAAACUUUGUUUAAGAGUUUUGAUGAUAUUACUAGAGAUCCUGGGCCAAAAACAUUGUAUGAAGUUGCAAUUUUCGCGUCAGAUUCGUGGAAAAAGAUAAAAAGUGAAAAGGUGGAUGAUGGUAAUAACAAAAAAUCUUCAACAGUGGUAGAACCUGGUUCAUCUAAGCAAGAUCUCAAGGGAGUUGAUCAAAGUAGUGAUUCAGAAAGUGAUGAAGAGAUGGUCGAGGGGAUUUUAUCCACUGAUGCGAUGGCAGAGUAUGAACUUCCAUCUCAGGCAGACCUCAUACACAGUGCCUUUGCUGGUGAUGAUGUGGAGGGAGAGUUUGAGAAGGACAAAUCAGAAAUUUUGAAUGAGGAGAAUCCUGAACCUGAAAAGCCAGUUUUACUUCCAGGCUGGGGUCAGUGGACUCAUAUCCAGCAGAAGAAAGGCUUGCCCUCUUGGAUGGUGGAAGAACAUGAAAAUGCAAAGAAAAAGAGAGAUGAUGCCCUUAAGAAGAGGAAGGAUGCAAAUCUUAAACAUGUAAUUAUUUCUGAGAAGAUCGACAAGAAGGCUGAGAAGCUUCACACGAAGACAUUGCCCUUCCCUUUCACGUCCAAGGAAGUUUUUGAGCAAAGCAUCAGAAUGCCUAUUGGACCUGAAUUCAACCCAAUGACAUCAGCUGCAGCGCUUAACCGGCCAGCGGUUGUGAAAAAGCCCGGUGUAAUAAUAAAGCCGAUCCAGUUCGAGGAGGUGAAUCCACAUGAGAAAAUGGACGAACCCAAGCAGAGCGGGCAGGUGGUGAAGAUGAAGAAGAGGAAAGUUAUUGGUGGGAAAGCCGUCAAGAAGACAAAAAGGGAAAAGAACAGUUAGCAUCCAACCUUGCAGUGCUGGCAUUCAUUCUGCCCAACGCUUAAUUUUUGUCCUGAAUUCAAGAUCCUCAUCCCCCACCCCCCACCCCCCCCCAGAAGGAGAAAGGAAGAAUGCAGUUGGUGAGUCUGCAGCAAAAAAUGAGAAAUAGAAAUAGAAUUGAAUUUGUGGCGGCACAACAGGAGGCUUGAAAAUUUUGUAUUUGAUUUGGGAGCAUCAUUGGUUGGUUUUGCUAUUGGAUCAGUUACUUUAUUGUUAAUGUUAUUAUUAUUAUCUCAAUUAAUAAAUGAAUCUUUUUUU